AGAUGGAAGUCCUGCGGGCGGAGCGCUGAUUGGUUGAAGAUGACAUCAUCCUUUACUGCUGUGCAAAGAGGAUGAGCUCAUCGUUGAGCACCGGGGCAGUUCGACUCUGAGGCGGACAGAAGCUCRGAACCGGAUCGGAACCUCCUGCAAGAUCAAGACUUCCAGAAGGAUCACCACGAUGGUCUGGUCCCGGGACGGAGAUGCAGAUCGACCCCCGCUGUCAGUCAUCCUCCCGCGGCUCUACCUCGGAGCGGAGAGCGACGUGACGCAGGACCGGCUGGCCUCUCUGGGUAUUUCCUAUGUUCUGAGUGUGAGUCGCAGCAGCCCCCAGCCUUCCUUCUUGCCCUGCUCCAGAUACCUCCGGAUCCCCAUCGAUGACUCCCUGUGGGAUGACCUGCUGCCAUGGAUCCCACAGGCUCUGCAUUUCAUAGAUACAGCCAUGUCUUCAGGAGCCUCUGUGUUGGUGCACUGUGCAGCAGGAAUUUCUCGCUCGCCGGCGCUGGCAGUGGCCUACAUCAUGUACAACCUAGAAAUGGACCUGGACCAUGCCUACAAGUUUGUGAAAGAGCGCCGGCCCUCCAUUUCCCCAAACUUCAACUUCCUCGGUCAGCUGCAGCAAUUUCAGGGGACAUUGAGUCAGAAGACGUCUGGUUGGGAUGUCUUCUCUCAGCAGCAGGACAAACACCGUCCAUCUGACAUGUCACACACUGAGGACACAACACCGCAGACAGACUCCCCGUCACAUGAGAGCCAGAACAUGUGUUCAAACCAGCGGUGCAGCCAGAAACCAGCUGCUGUCCCCUGUGAGUCCUCCACACCUGCAGCAAAACUCACACAACUACAACCCUCAGCAGGUUCGGCUUCUCUGCUGGAGAAACGCAAAAGCCUCACUCUCUCUUUGACGCCCUUGGGAUUGAGCCCCCCCUCCUCAAAGAGCCGACAGUUAGGAGGAAGUCCUGCACCGACCACUGUCUCCGUKCUCAGCUGGGACACAAGAGGACAACCCAAGACAAAGACACAGAGCAGCAGCGCCCCCUGCAGGCCAGCASAGGUGCCGCACAGGGAGCAGGGCCUGCUGUCUCCUAUCAGUGUCACGCUGAACAAACUUUUAGACUGGGGGGAGAGGGUCCUGCUGGGGGGAGUGUUUGUCCAUCCGGUGAAGGUGGGACAGCCGGUGCUGCCAUACAGGUGCUGAGAGAUGGGGGAGGGGCU